CCAGUCUGUGUGAAUACUGCCUGGUCCACCUGCUGCUGAAGAAGAACUCCGAAAUGUUCAGCCAGCACUUCAUCGAGUGCAUCUUUCACUUCAACUCCUACAACAAACACAAGUCCUACAACAAGUUCCCUCAAAGCGAGAGAGAAAAGGCUCAAUUUUCGCUGAAAGGAGCUCAGCACCGCGAGAAGCGUUUUAGGAUCUACCGCUUUCUUUUGGAGCACUUCACGGACACCCAGCGCUUCAACGUCACUUUCAAGAUCAACCAGACCGUUUUAGCAUGCUUUGCCGACGAGGAGCUUCCUUUGGAUGCAGAUGGGGCUGAAAUUUUAUCGGAGACCUUCAACAUCUUGAGUCUGAAUGAGAUGAAGCUGCAGGCCGUAUCUGCUCCAGCAGGGGGUGCUUCAGGGGAGGAACCCGAGGAGGAGAACAUGGCCUCUAUGGCUAAGGUUGUCCUGCAGGCCGCACAGAAGGAGGUGGUGUCGCAG